CUUUCCCUCAAGACACAACAAGAGCCUUCCAACGCACAACAAAUUUUCUCGCAGACACCAACCAUACACCACUGCUCUUUGUACCACAAUUUUCCAAGCUCACUCAUUUCUCUUCAUAAAAGAAACUGCAGUCAUUAUGGUAUCCCUCGCAGCCUUCGUCUGCAAGAUCUGGUUGCUGAGCUCCAAUUCUAGGCUACAAACGGUGCUCAAGCCCCUCGAAACCCCAUCAAUCCUCCAAACCACAUUCCCACCUGGGCUCAGCUUGCUCAGGUGUGUUUCUGGUCCAUUUGUAACUCAACAAGUGCCAUGGCUGAUAACAUCCCUAAGCUGAUUCCGGGAGCCCCGGUUGUUAAUUUAAGCCUUUCCUCAUCCUGACGCCUAUUUUCUCCUAUGGUAAUCUACUCAUGAGGUUGCCCCCGGCGUAAGAAAAAAGAUACAACAUUACUGGCAGAAGUAGCAGACAUGCUAGUGGGCUCUAACAGGUCGUUAUGAACCAGGGUACAUACCUUGGGAUGAUCUACAGAGGCACGACUUCAUACCAACAAGCUGCAGUGCUUGGUACUGGACUAGUCCUUACAAAUGCUGAUUGGAAGCAUGCUCCUAAUGCCGUCGUCCUCGCCGGAAAUGGUCCCUACAACGAUAAUCAGGCCAAUUACUAUCGCGCUGUACAAGGACAAGCCACCAGUGUCUGGCUCCCACUCCAUGCGAGCGUUGUAGGAAUACUUUGGGAGUCUUCCACACCUGCAAGAUUGUCCCUGGCUAUUAUGGCACUGUUCGGCGUCAGCGACGAUUCUUGUGCGGCAAAUGUGCGAACUGCACACAUGAUAGACAGGGCUGCAGCUUUACCGAUGAGGAUGAGGGCGGAGAUGGCGGUGAUGCUACAAGGAGCCACCAGAAGGCCCUAA